AUGUUACCUCUUUGCGGUACAUGUGAAAAGCGUUUUCACUUUAAAUGUGUAGAUGUACCGGAAAGCCUGCAAGAGCAGCUGGAAUCUGUUCCAGGUCUCAACUGGAAAUGUUGUUUAAAAAAAUGUGUUAGUUUUCAUUCGGAUUCUCUGAACGCUUUUCUCGGGAAAAAAUUCGAGGAAAUGGUUAGCAAUCUGAAAGAAGUUUUCUCCGACUUAAAGACUGAUUUGAUUAAGAACGCCGAACGUCAGAUAAAAGACACAUUCAUGGACUCUUUAUCGGACUCUUUGAUUGGUUUAAACGACUACAUUCUCUAUCGUACGGAUCGUUCCUUACGUGGAGGAGAAGUCUGUAUCUUGUUAAAUAGAACACUUUUCAAACAGUUUUCAGUUACCAAUUGCAGUAAAAACUACGGAAAAAUAGAACUGAUACGCGUCACCUGUGUAUCCAGCUGCCAAAGCUUUUCAUUGGUAUGUAUCUACCGACCACCUGGAGCCUCUGUAGUCGAAGAUCAACUUCUCUUCGAGGACAUUAAAGCGUUUUGCAGCCAUUACUCUAACCUGUUAAUAUUCGGUGAUUUUAAUUUUCCCAAGAUCUCCUGGCCGCACCUACAGCUGCUCGACAACGACAAUUCCGCCAUCUUAUUUGCUGACCUUCUUUUGGAAACUAACCUAAUGCAACUGGUAUCAUUCCCUAAUCGCUUCCGUUUUGGCCAAACUCUUUCCUUAAUAGACUUAAUUCUUACGAACGAUCCCAAUCUUUUAUGCGAAAUCAGUCAACAGCCUCCAAUUGGUAUUUCUGACCUCUGCGUCAUUGAAACUUUCUUACAGUAUCACAUUCCACCAACAGAAAGAUACGAACAACGAGAAUACACCAGGAUCGACUUUGAUGGUCUAGAUUCUGACUUGGCCAAAAUAAACUGGGAUUCUCUUUACCACACUUCCAACUCCAUCGAAGCCUGGGAUAUUUUUACUAAUAUCUUAUCUGAUCUCACCUCUCAAAACACUACUACUUUCCAUAUUAAGUAUAUCCGUACCAAGCCCUGGAUCUCUUCUCAUUUUCUAAAACAAGCUAAAAUAAAAAAAAUGUUGUGGAACAAAUUUAAGGUUUCUGGCUCUCAAUAUGACUACGAUCAACAUCGAGGUUUUUCUAAUAAGUUAAAAAGUGAUAUACGGUCUGCAAAAUAUAGGUAUGAACUAAACGUUACAAAAAGAGGUCCUAAAGCGGUAUACAAAUUUGUUCGUGGAAAGAUGUUAUCCAAAGUCUCAGUUCCAAUUAUGUGCAAAAACGACAACACACUUGCGGCUAAUGAACAUCAAUCGGCCAAUCUCUUGGCUGACUUCUUCCAAAGUGUGUUCACCUCUGAACCUCAUACCAAUCUACCUCCUUGUUUAUCACCCCAAAAAGAACUGUUUCUUUCUAAUAUUGAUUUUACAAAAUUUCUGAAAAAAGUUCACCAGGACCUGAUGAUUUAUCUCCUCUUAUACUCAAAAAAUGUGCUAAACUCAGUUCUUCCCCCUAUAUGGCUCCAAGCACUAAUCACACCCAUAUAUAAGAAAGGCGACAAAACGAAAGCAGAAAAUUAUAGACCUAUCAGCCUUACUUCCAUAUGCAGCAAAGUUAUGGAUAGAAUCAUAUGGAAUCAAAUGUUUCGGUUUUUAAACGAUCAAAGCAUACUUUCUGCUAACCAACAUGGGUUCCUACCAGGAAGAUCUACCGUUACUUGCUUGCUUCAGUGCCUUAACACGUGGACGAUAUCUUUGGAUCAAAAUAAACCGGGCGAUAUUAUUUACUUAGACUUUGAAAAGGCUUUUGAUCGCGUUCCUCACCGUCGGCUGUUACGAAAGUUAGAUAAUGUCGGAAUCAGAGGUCUCUUACUCCAGUGGAUUGAAGCUUUUCUGAGAGGACGUAGCUUUAGAGUAAGAGUGCGUUCUUGUUAUUCAUCCAACCGGGAAGUGCUUUCAUGUGUCUCUCAAGGAUCGGUGUUGGGCCCGAUACUGUUUCUUGUGUACAUAUCCGACCUUCUGUCUUUGUUAAAAUCACCUCAUGCUUUUUACGCUGAUGACGGCAGACUGUUUAACAACCCAUUAACAUCCUCCCAAAUAAUUCAAAGCGAUUUGCUUACAGAACAGAACUGGACGUCCACUUGGUUAAUGCCCUUGAACAACAAAGAAUGUGUCGUUUUCCGUCUGGGCAAAGAUAACCCAAACAUACCGUACACUCUUGAUAACCAUGUCUUAUAA